AUGGCGGCGGUAGCGCGGUGGUGGCGGGCUGGGCUCCCGGGGCUGCUCGUGCUGCUGCUGCGCGGGGCGCGCGCCGAGCAGACCGAGGAGCACCUGAAACGGGAGCACUCGCUCACCAAGCCCUACCAGGGUGUUGGCUCUUCCAGCUCCUCUCUCUGGGACCUUAUGGGCAAUGCCAUGGUCACGACUCAGUACGUCCGCCUCACACCAGACAUGCAGAGCAAACAGGGGGCCGUGUGGAACAGAGUGCCUUGUUACCUGAGAGACUGGGAGAUGCAGGUCCAUUUUAAAAUCCACGGGCAAGGCAAGAAGAACCUGAAUGGGGACGGCUUUGCCAUCUGGUACACCAAGGAUCGCAUGCAGCCAGGGCCCGUGUUUGGGAGCAAGGAUCACUUUCUGGGGCUGGGGGUGUUUGUAGACACCUACCCCAAUGAGGAGAAGCAGCAGGAGCGCGUGUUCCCCUACAUCUCCGCCAUGGUGAACAAUGGCUCUCUCACCUACGACCAUGACCGGGAUGGACGGCCCACUGAGCUGGGCGGCUGCACGGCCAUGGUGCGCAACCUGAACCACGACACCUUCUUCGUGAUCCGCUAUGUCAAAAGGAGGCUGACGAUCAUGAUUGACAUUGAUGGCAAGCACGAGUGGCGGGACUGUAUUGACAUGCCGGGGGUCCACCUGCCACGGGGAUACUUCUUUGGGACCUCUUCAGUCACUGGAGACCUCUCAGAUAACCACGACAUCAUUUCUCUGAAACUCUACCAGCUGACGGUUGAGCGGAGCCCAGAGGAGGAGAAGCGGGAUAAAGAGGUGUUUCUGCCCAUUGUGGACAACAUGAAACUGCCCGGAGUGGAGGCCCCACUGGAACCCAUGAGUGGCCUGGCCCUGUUCUUAAUUGUGUUCUUCUCACUGGUCGCCCUGGUGUUUGCCAUCGUCAUCGGAGUCAUUGUCUACAACAAAUGGCAGGAACAGAGCCGGAAACGCUUCUACUGACCUUGGUUCCUGCCCUGCCCCUUCCCUCGGCAGACCAGCCGCUCUGCUGGAGCGAGCAGAGGCUAGCUGAAGAGAAGCCCUUGCCUGCUCAGCCCAGACUCUCCAGAGCCCCUUCAGAUGACUGCUACUUUGCUGGCCCCCAUGGGGACCGCUGCUAUGUCUUCGAGCUCUGGGGUUCCCAGCGGGAGUGGACGUCCUGGAUCACGUGGGGAGCACGCUUCGUGUGACACGUAAUGCAUCAGGGAGACCUAACCCCCCCCCCCGACUUUCUGGAGGUUGGUGCAGUGACAGAUGGACCGUCCCCCAGCAGCUCCUUGCUUUGCAAGGUGUUUAGAGGACGCUUGGGGCGGGUGGAGCUGAAUGUUGUGUUGUGUCCGUGUUGGUGAGCCUUACGUGUGCUAUCUGGGGAUGUCCCGCAGCCUAGCUAGGAGGCCAGGCACCAAAGACUGUAAAAUCCUAGAAAAGUCCCUUUGGCUUAAGGGUGAAACUUGGCCAAACAAAACACUUCUAGCUGAGAAGAGUAGUGCUGGCCCCUCCCUGCCCCCUGCAAGACGUGAGCCUGGCCCUGCCCCCAGCCCCACCGCUGCUCACUCUGGCAGCCUGUCUGUUGCAAUCCAGUUGGUUUUGCUGCCUUAGGCUGGUUGGGAAGGCCAAGCUCAUCUGCCCCAGGCAGCUUUAAGAUUUUAAUCCUGAUUUUGCGGUAGUGCAGUUGAAUCCUGCACCGUGAAUGAAAUACUCCUCGUCCCGUUGCUGCUCCUCAUUAGGAAGUGGGUGAACUGGGAGCUGUGCUUAAAGGAAAACCCCUCGUUUUACAGUCACCCCAACAUGGUCUGGGCAUGAACACAAAUAUUGGCUACUGGCCUCCCAGUGCCGCCCUGAGCCUGCCUGAUGUGCCAGCGGCAUGGCAGGGAAAGCACUGCUCUUCCAGGCUGCGGAUGGGCCUUGAUACAGCUGGCUCUUCUCGGCCUCUGAUGGAAAUUGGACUGAGCUGCUUCCAUUCAGUGCCUCCACUCUGCCACUACUAGCAUAUGGUCACCUCCUCUUUCUCCCCGACAACUGGGCUCUCCAUCCAGGGCCGAGGGGUUUUGCUGCUGGUGAAAUAUGCACUUAAAAAGUCUCACUGCAGCCAGUCUGAGAAACCGUUUGGAUCCUGGGCUCAUUGCACAAGGGUCAGUACGUCUGUGUGCAGGGGCUCCAUGCCGCUCAUUGCUGGGAAUGUGGUGGGCGAGGGACGGCUAGUCCUGACCCACUUUCCGUUCGUUCACAUGAAGUCAGGUUACGUUGCUGGGGUGGGGUUCACGUGGUCAUGUUGCUGUCCACAUGCAUGGACCUGCCCAGCAACUGACUGUUUUAACACUGGGUUGCGUUGUAAUAACCACUCGCUGCUGUCAGGGGGGCCUGGCCCUCCACCACUGGAUCACCGUCUGCAUGCAGUGCUGCCUUCCUCCCUUCUGCGUACCUCGGCCUGGAGCCAGCCUUUGCAUAGGGGCUACUUGCAUGUCACCGUGUCCUGUUAGUGGUGUAGGUGUGAUGUGAAAAGGGUCAGUUCUCUCUUCCUCACCCAGAAACCUGAUGCCAGCGUUUGUACGUGGUCCCUUUGUGUUUCUGAAGGACCUAGAUCUGGCUGCUGAAGCAGGAGUUUGGAAGCAUGCUGGCAAAGGAAGGUCAAAGGGUUUAUUGGCCUGGCGGAGACCUUAGCUAUGCUUGGGAAUGAGAGCUCUGAUCUCUACAAACGUCGUGCUGCCUUUCAGGGAGGGUUAGUUAUUUCCUACCUCAGUGACUGCUGUUUGAAUGAGUUCUUGCUUUCUGUAGGUCCUGCUGAGUUGCUCAUAAUACAGAUGCUGGGGGUGGGGGGUGGUAGAAUACGGGAGCAUGUACAGAUAGAAUCUCCAGGGGACCUGGUUACAACACUUUGUCCCGGACACUGUUCCAUUCUGUAGUGUAAACAGGCCUGGAGCUCUGUGCUCAAUGUGGACAAGGCUUGGCUGGCCCAUGUCUGGUUAAAUUCGACGCAAGACACCAGAGCCAUGUUCUCACCUUGUCCUAGCCACCCACGUCUAACUGGAUCUCAUGCCCUUGUUACAGCGACAGUAAAACCAGGCCCUGCUGGCUCCUCCUGCCUGUCAGGCCAUCUCUGGGUGCAGUAACCAGGGCUGGGCUGAGGUAGAGGAAAUUCCCAGACUCCUCAGGGGAACUUGCCCUUUGAGGGAGGAAGGUUUAGAUUCAGAAUGUCCUCUCCCUUACAACUCCUGUCCUGGCGGCAGAUCCUGGAUUCCUGAUGUCUCCGCACCCCAGGGUGGCCAUGGCCCUGCUAAUUAAAGAACAUGGUUAUUGGCCAAGACUUUCAAAAGGGACUUGUGAUGGUAAACCCUGCUCUGCUCUGCAACUGGCCAGCCAGUGGCACUGGGACAGGUUGGAUUGCUCCUGGAGCUGUACUAACAUGGGGCAGUGCUGCUGGCAUAUGGCCCAGACAGGACGCAGAUGAAGCAGCCAUUGUAGCUGGUGCUCGGCAGAGCGCAGAGGCGUUGUUAACCGAAGGGUUCCUGAGCUCUGCUGGUGGUGUGCCCUGUUUGCCAGGAGCCACCACUACUGGUGUCCAGAUGGAUGCUGCAAUUUGUAGCCUUAAUUCGAUGGACGUUAGAAUAGCAUGAGACCUGAUCAGCAGAGGUGUGGGUGAGAAUCUGUGCGCUCUUUGCCGUGGUACCUGACGGACUAGGUGUGAGGGUGAAAUGGGGCAGGGGGAAGCCAGCUGUCCUGGUAUGGUAAACCCUGCAGCUCCUGUGCUGACAGGAUAAUGUGGCCUUACUGAAGUGUGGAGUGGCUGCUUGGUGCCUCUGCUCUAGACGCUGGUUCGAAACACCAGGCCAUGCUGAAAUAAGAUCCCUGCUUAUGUAUCUUUGAGUUCCAGCCUUCACGGCCUUUGACUUGUCCAUCCGCACUAUUUCCCUUCCCAACACAGUUCAGAGCCUUGGAAAAUCAGUGAUGAGGCUUGGAGAGGUGCUGCCUUCCUCCCUCUGCAGAAAGGAUCUGGCUAAGAUACGUUUGCUCCCGUGACUGCAUGUCUAAGCCCCCUGUUCUGAGGGUGGCAAACUGGCAUUUGCUGUAGCAGGGGGGUUUGGUCUGGUAGGAUGGGUCUGGGGUAGGGGGAGAUUUUACAUGUGGCAAAGCAAUGGGACAGCCUGAAAGUACUGGGUCUGUUCUUGCCUCUUUCUAAAACAUUUUACCCAAUCAACAGAACUGUCUGUACGUGUGCCUGGUUCUGCAAGUGUAAUUUGUGUCCUGGAAAUAAACACACACAUGCCCACCAGUGCGGGUCUGCACUGCACUUCA